AUGCGCGCUGCCACCUACCUGGCCGCCAUGGCCGCAGCGGGAGGCGCUCUCUGCGCUUCCGCCGCUUCCCUCUCGGAGCGCAACAACAACGGCAACAACAACAACGCCGCAGCCACCACCGACACCCCCUGGCCAAAGAUCCCCGCCUACACGCCCGCCAAAACGGGCCAGUACGACGGCAUCGUCCGCCCAAAGACCCACUACGCCGGCCUCACCCACGAGGGCAAGAAGCUCGACGGGCCCCUCCGCCUCGCAAACGUCGGCGACACCGUCACCGUCGACUACGCAAGGGACGUCGCCGGAAAGCCCACGUUCAAAAUCGCAUCCUUCGACGGUCCCUAUGCCCAAAUUGAGGUCAAGUACACCGAGCAGCUUGCCGCCCUCUCCGACAAGCGCUCCGACGGUCCCUUUGCCUUUGCCAACGCCCUCGCCAACACGUUCCGCGUAGAGACCUUCAACGUCACCCAGCCCGGCGACCUCACCAGCUACUUUAUCCAGGGCUCCCAGCGCUGGCAGUCGAUCCGCCUCGUCCACGGCUCCAACCUCCUCAUCGACUCGGUCGGCUUCAAGCCCACCACCGACAAAUCGCCCCUCCUCUCCAAAAAGGGCUACUUUGCCUCGAGCGACAAGACCGAGUCCGACAUCUGGGCCCUCGCCUUCCGCACCCAGCAGCUCACCUGCUACGCCCCGCACACCCAGACCACCACCUGGGACAUUGACAGCCACGGCGCCUACAUCCGCGGCCAGAAGCCCGCCUCGUCGACGGCCGCCAUCAACUACCAGAACUACACCCUCGAGUUCGACGCCAAGAUCGACUACGGCGGCCUCGGAUGGAGGCUCGACGGCCAGAUUGACGCCAUCCAGGCAAACGGCCCCUACCUCGUCCUCAACAGCAACUACCCCGAGGGCAGCUUUGCCAACUACGACCGCCAACUCGUGCCUCCCAACACCCUCGUCCUCGGCACCGGCUUCUCGCUCCAGAACCAGACCAGCCUGCCCGGCUACGUCCUCGACCGCUUCCCCAUCGACUUCGACAUCACCGAAAAGGAGUGGCACCGCAUCAAGUCGGUCUCGCACGGCGAGGGCGCCUACACCAUCUUUGUCGAAGACCGCCAGGUGGCCAAGUUCAACGUGACCGGAUACGGCUACGCGCUGCCCAACCCCUUCAUCCCCGGCGGCACCAUGCGCGGCUUCGCCCUCGGCGGCUGGCAGGACACGGCGGCCUGGUACAAGGACGUCGAGAUCACGUCCAACGUCGACGGCAAGAAGCUCUACAGCAACCCUCUCACCGACAAGGAGUCGGUCCCGCUCGAGUUCGGCGUCGAGGGCAACACCGACUUCGUCUGCAGCGACGCCGGCAAGCGCGAUCGCUUCUCGUGGCUCGGCGACCGCCUCAUUUCGUCGCGCGCCAUUGCCGUCGCCACGGGCGAGUUUGACUACGUCGUCGGCCCCAUGGAGUGGCAGCUCUCCAAGCAGGCCGCCAGCGGCGCCGUGCCCAUCAACACCCUCUUUGGCCCCGUCGACGAUACGGGCAUCUCGGUCCGCACGGGCAACGUGGCGCCGCUGCUGCUCGACUACAUGUUUGACUUCCUCCAGGAGGUCGACGACUACUGGAUGCGCACCGGCGACGACGAAUUUAUCCGCAAGCGCUUCGAGGACCUGCGCGCCGGCUGCGGCUUUGCGCUGUCGCAGGCUGUCGACCCGGAGACGCAGCUCUUCCAGGGCCUUGGGCAAAAGGGCGGCCUGACGGCCACGACGGGCUCGGUCGUCCUCGGCCUCGAGGCCAUCGCGCGCAUGGCCGACUUUGUCGGCGAGCCGCGCCUGGCCAGCCAGUACCGCACCCAGGCCAACGUGACGCGCAGCGCCAUGGCCCGCCUGCUCUACAACGACCAGGUGGGCUCGUUUGUCAACGCCGUCGGCAGCAAGGACUUCCACCUGAUGGACAUCACCUUCGGCCAGCUCGCCGACGUCGGCACCGACGAGCAGCGCCGCUCGGCGUUUUUGCAGCUCGCCAAGCUCAAGGUGCCCGCCGGCUACAAGAACGGCACCUUCUACGACGGCUUCCAGAUCGUCGUCGACCCUUACUUUGUCAGCUUCACGCUCGACGCGCUGGCGCAGCGCGGCGAAACGGAGCUGGCGCAGCAGCUGGUGCACGACACCUGGGCGCCCAUGGUGGCCGAGAGUGUCAACUCGACGGGCGCGCUGUGGGAGUACGUCAGCGACGACGGCAGCUACCCGGGCCUCGAGUUCUUCACCGCCCAAAGCCACUUCUGGGGCUCGGGCGCCACCGUCUGGCUGACCGAGUACUCGCUCGGCGUGCGUCCCACCGCCAAGGCCUUUACCGAGUUUGCGUUCGCGCCCAUGCGCGGCCUCAAGACGCAGUGGAACCACGGCCGCGUGCCCACCCCGCACGGCAUCAUCAGCGCCGCGUGGGGCAAGCGCAAGGAGGAUGGCAAGCUCGUCAUGGAGCUCGACGCGCCCAAGGGCACCACGGGCACCAUUGUGCCGCCGCUCGGCACGGACGUCAAGUUCAACGUCGUCGCUGGGCGCGGCGCCGUCGAGCAGACAGAGGACGGCAAGUUCCGCGUCAAGGGCGGGAGGGGCGCUGUGCGCAUCGUCCAGGCCUGA